CUCAUUGUGUUUCCGUGUGUAUCUCAAGCCUGACACGACCGACACAUGACAAGUAGCAGAUUAAAUCACGGGGUGUUCAAUCGCAAAAAUAGGAAGGCUGACUCUGGACAGAGUCUUCUGUGUGACUUUGGGGGUGUCAUAGUACGCCAAGCCCCGCGACGAACGCCGUGAAACCGGCGGCACAGCAACCUUGUGGAGGAGUUUCGCCCCAGUCAGAACGCAUCCGUUUCGACCACACAACGACCCCCGACCAGCGAGGCGGCAGUCCUCAUAGAAGCGCCUCUUAUACAGACCUCCACCCAUCGCCCGGGGCGACCUCUGCCGCUGCUCUGAUCGCCUCGGUCUGCAUCAGCGGGUACCCACGACCAAAUCGAGCAUAGUGUUUAACUCUGACGGCGCAUUAUAAAAGGGUGCUUGGGGCCACAUCUCACGCCGACCUUCCAGCCAUCUUCGCGUGACACCUUGCGCCACCCACCAACCCAUCCACCCACCAACACGCCCGCCAUGUCCGCCACCCACCGCCCCGGCGGCGUCGUCGCCGCCCUCGCAGCGAAGACCCUCCUCCCCCCAGACAUCGCCCCGCCCGUGCCCGAAUCCACGCCGAAGCGACCCCCAGAGGCGAUCACGAACGAAGACGUCGCCCGGCGCAAGCGGCGGCGACGCCACGUCAGCAGCGACAGCAGCGAGCCCAGCGAGCUCGACGUCACCAACGGAGACCCCGCGGUCGACGUCGACGUUUGCGAUGCCAGGCCGGCAGCAGCAGCGGCAGCAGCAGAGGACACCUCGCCCGCGAUCACGAACGAGACGAUCGCGAACAGGAACCGCCGCCGCCGCGGGGGGGCCGCGCCGGGGGCGCGAGACCGCGCGGCCGGGAUCACGAACGAGGAGGUCGCGCGUCGGAGGCGGUACCGGCGGCGGGAGCGCCCGGUGCAGGGGGGUUGAAAAAAGGCUCUCUCUCGUGCGCGCGACUGCGCGACCCACUUUUGGUGCCGGCUACGCCAUGCAAACGGCCUUGGCAUGCACUUUGGAACUAGGCCUGAAGGAGAGUUCGCGGGGAGGUGGAAGCUGAAGGCUGCGGAGGCCAGAGCUGGGUGGGUCGCGGAUCCGCCGUCACGUCUGUCGCCAAGGACUGAUCUGCCUGUGGGCUGUUAGGGUCGGUGGGGGGACCCUUGACGCGGUUAUGAUCUGAACUGUAACCCUGGACGGUACAUGGCGCGUGAUGUACACACACGACGUGUGUUUUGAAGGGGCUAGCCGUCGCACAUCGUUUUCCAGAUCCCAUCUUCGACCAGCGGCACCGGCGAGCUGGGCCAGAUUCUCGCGCCGUUCAAGCACGGUAAAGAUCUAGUUCGAGUGAAUGUGAUAUCAGGAGCGAGGAAGGCUGUCCAGAGAGCGUAUGUCUGAAGCGGAUGCGGGACAGGAAGCAAACACGCGGCGUGCUGCGAGCUGAGGCAUCUAAGUUCGUCACUUUAGCGGAUCUUGGAAACAGACAUGAAGCAAGAACGUGGUUUGAGAAAACACCCAAAAUGGACGCUGUAUUUGCCUCGCGAGAACUCAAGAAUUGGUUCUUAAGCUUCGUACGUGCGUCUCACAUGACGCUCUUCUCUACAAUUCGUCAAUCACAUUGCCGGCAUGCCGCUCGACAUUCCACGCUGCGACUUUCCGCAACCCCGCGGUACUCUAACCGUAGCUAGAAGCAAGUUUGAGGGUGGUACGGCCUGCAGCGAGCGAGGAGACGGGUACAACGCGUUGAGCAGCGAGGCGAGAUGAAGUGCGAGCCGUGUCGGCAAUAUCCGGAGAUCUCCUUUUGGCAGGAGCAUUGCUCUCGCAGGAGGAACAGUCCUGAGCAGCCUGGUUGCGAAUACGGUGGUCAGCCGAACAUGUCACUGCACGUUUGCAACAUAUAAGACCUACCAAGCUUGUGCUGGACACGUCGCCUUCUGUGUCCCUUGAAUUUCUACGAACGGCUGGCAGCUUAGCGCGCUUUGCAGGCCGCAUCACAUAAACGCUCGACCUCGAAAUCCGAAAGUACACCCUGUUGUUAGCCU